AAGGAAAGAAUACAGUCCUCUCACUGGUUUAAGGAUUACUUGCCAUUCCCCUGCCUGGAACUGGUCUCUCUGGCCCUUUUCUCUCUUUCUUGAAGUAAGAGACAGGGAGACUGGUUGUUGCUCUUCACACAUGAUUGUCCCACCGGGCAGUGAUCCAGCCAACUACCUAUCCAACAGAGGCAGCCUCCCUCAAUGCCUGUAAGCCCCAAAGAAGAGGAAGGGAAUUUCAGUGGCUGCUCUGACUUCUGACAGAACCUUCAAAGGCAGGACACUACCACCCACAGCCUCAAAGAGCUCACUGCAGCCCAUAUUGUACCCUUCCUAGAGAUCAACAACACCAAGGGCCCUGCCCCAGCAGCUUCUGGGGCUGCUGCUGGCACGAGUGGAAAUUAUGUCCCUAGGCUGCCCAAGCCUCUGGGUCCUUGUGGUCCUAGGUACUGGGUUGUUGGGCUUGGACCAUCAUGGAGUUGAAGCAGCUGUCCGACAUCGCUACAUAGCCGCUCAGAUCAUCGAUUGGAAUUAUCACCCUCAGACCAGUGACCCAAGUUUAAAGCCCUCAGAAUCUACUUUUAAGAAAAUGGUCUACAGAGAAUAUGAUGCCAAUUUCAUACAAGAAAAACCAAGAUCUAACAGUUCAGGACUUCUUGGACCUACUCUUUUUGGGGAAGUUGGAGACAUUUUGAAGGUUCACUUUAAGAAUAUGGCUAAGAAGCCUUUAACCAUCCAUCCCCAAGGAAUCGAAUACAACAAACUGUCAGAAGGUGCCUUUUAUGCAGACCAAACAUCCCCUGUAGAGAAAAUGGAUGAUGCUGUCUUUCCCGGUCAGAAAUAUACCUACACAUGGCAGAUCACUGAAGACAGUGGGCCCACGGAUGAUGAUCCACCUUGCCUCACAUACAUCUAUUACUCCUAUGAAAACUUAGUACUGGAUUUCAACUCGGGCCUUGUUGGACCUUUGUUUGUCUGUAAGAAAGGCAGCCUGACUGAGGAUGGGACUCAAAAGAUGUUUGAUCAGCAACAUGUGCUAAUGUUUGCUAUAUUUGAUGAAAGCAAAAGCUGGCAACCAUCUCCUUCCCUAAUGUACACGGUCAACGGCUACGUGAAUGGAACACUGCCAGAUGUAACAGUAUGUGCCCACGACCAGAUUAGUUGGCAUCUAAUUGGAAUGAGCUCUGGCCCCGAAUUAUUCUCUGUUCAUUUCAAUGGGCAGGUCCUGGAACAUAACUAUCGUAAAGUCUCAGCCAUCCCCAUUGUUGGAGGCACAUCAAUCACCGCAAAUAUGACUGUGAGCCAAGAGGGAAGGUGGAAGAUAUCUUCUCUCAACCCAAAGCAUUUUAAAGCUGGGAUGAAGGCACACCUCAAAAUUGAAAAAUGCUCCAAAGCGACCAGAAAGGUAAAGAAAUUAACCCGUGAUCAGAGGCGUUACAUUAAGAGGUGGGAGUACUUCAUUGCUGCAGAGGAAGUCAUUUGGGACUAUGCCCCAGAAAUCCAAGAGAAUAAGGACAAAAAAUAUAAAUUUCGACACACCAAUUUGGGAUGCCAAAUUGGGACACAUUAUAAGAAGGUUAUCUACAAACAGUACCAAGAUAAGUCCUUCACUAAACGCCUGGAAAGUAAUGAUCCCCAAGAAAUUGGUAUCUUGGGGCCAAUCAUUAGGGUCCAAGUCAGAGAUACCCUCAAAAUUGUAUUCAAAAAUAUGGCCAGCCGUCCCUACAGUAUUUAUCCUCAUGGAGUAACACUUUCCACAGAUGAAGAAAAGGCUGCGAAUUUUUCUACUUCAGGCAAUAAAACUCUGGUUAGAGCUGUCCAACCAGGAGAAAUUUAUACUUAUAAGUGGACUAUUCUGGAGUCUGAUGAACCCACGGGAAAUGAUGCUCAGUGCCUAACAAGACCAUAUUAUAGUAUGGUAGACAUCCAAAGGGACAUUGCCUCCGGCCUGAUUGGGCUACUCUUGAUUUGUAAAAGCAGAACUUUGAACAACCGAGGUGUACAGAGGACAGCAGAUUCUGAGCAACAAGCUGUGUUUGCUGUAUUUGAUGAAAACAAAAGCUGGUACAUUGAGGACAAUAUUAACAAAUUUUGUGAAAACCCCUCUUCUGUGAAAAGGGACGAUCCCAGGUUUUAUGAGUCAAACAUCAAGAGCACAAUAAAUGGCUUUUUGCCUGAGAGCAUACGAACCCUGGGAUUUUGUUAUGAGGACACUGUCCAAUGGCACUUCUGCAGUGUGGGCACCCAGGAUGACAUUCUGACUCUUCACUUGACUGGCCAUUCAUUCUUAUAUGGAAAAAGACAUGAGGAUGUCCUGACUCUCUUUCCUAUGAGUGGAGAAUCUGUGACUGUCACAAUGGAUAAUGUUGGAACUUGGAUGCUGACUUCUAUAAGUUCUAACUGGGGGAGCCAAAACCUCAGAUUGCGAUUCAGGGAUGUUAAAUGUAGAAGGGAUUAUGAGUAUGGAUCCUAUGACAUUCUAUUUGAUGAUGAUGCAGAAAAGAUUGUCACCGAGAAGAAUAAAAUCACCACCAGAAACAUGCCUGAUACAGGGGAAGAUGAUAGUGAUUACCAGGAAGAACUGGCUUGGCUGUUGGGUCUUAGAUCAUUUAAAAAUUCAUCAGGACCACAGGAGGGGGAUGAACUUCUCAAUCUGACUGCUUUGUUUCUGGAGGAAAUUUCUGACAGGAUACCCCCAAAUGUGAAUGCAUCUUUGGAUGCCCAUCAACUUUCCCCAAAAGACACUGGUAGCAUUCCCAAACCUCAAGCCAUCCUUCCUUUUUCAGAAGGCACAACAAGUGGUCCUCACCUGAAGAACACCACUACUGGUAAACACUUCAUUGCAUUACACCCUGUAGACUCCAUUCUGAAGAAUCCUAGGUCUCAUUCUGAAGAACUUGCCAAGGAGGACAUGCAUUCAAAUGCCAUGGGGACAACCUUGUCUCCUUUUGGUGCAGAAGAAUUCCAGAGCCAAGAAGAUGCCAAGAAUGGAACCAAUCAGGUCAAUGAGGAGACUUCCAAAGUCACCACUACCUCAGCUAACCAACCUGAGGCAGAAAGAAAUACAUCAGCACAAAUCAAUCAUACACAGGGAGAACUACCAAUAGGCAGAGUGAGGGAAAAUUUAACUUCAGAGCAGCCUCAUCUCCAGAGGAGUGGCAUUCACAAUUCCAGAGCAGGAAUACAAGAUCUAGGUGAUCUAGUAGCUGUUUACCAGAAGAACCCACCACAGGCUUUGAAUGGGAAAUGGAAUUUGGUUUCUGAAAAAGGGAGCUAUGAAACCAUCAAAGAUACAAAUGAAGAUAAGAUUGAAGAUAAGCAGUUGAAGAGCCCCCAGGUUGCCACAGCAUCUUGGGGAGAAAGAAUUCCUUCUACUAAUAGGCACAAACCUUUAAAAAUAGGAAAGAACACUGCAAAUGGUAGGUUCCAGAAAUCUUCAUUUUUGAUUAAGACUCGAAAAAGGAAAAGAAUCAAUAAGUCUGUACACAAUGUACCUAUGUCCCCAAGAGGUUUCAGGCCUCUACAAGGAGAGUACAAUUCCACAUUGAUCCAUAAAGGGUCUAAUCAUUCACUUUUACCCAAUGAAUCCAUCAAGAUGGAUCCUAUAGACCUAGAACAAAUAUUCUCCAUUUUAGACCUUGAUCAGAAUUUCUCCUCUGUGGACCUAGAUCAGACAAUUCCCCCUCCAGAAUUUGGUAAGAUAUCUUCUGAUCCAAACUUCAGUGAAACAUUCUCUACUCUAGACCUUGUUCCUACAUCCCAUCCUGCAGAUUUCUAUCAAACAUUAUCCACUCCAGAUUUUGAUGAAGCACAUUCCUCUCCAGACCCUUAUGAAACAUCCUCCCCUCCACCUCUUUUUCUUCAGACUCCUUCCCCUCCAAAUUUCUAUGAGACAAUCCCCCAUUCAGACCUUAAUGAAGCAUCCUUCCCUUCAGAUCUAAAUGAGAGUCCUUCCUCUCCAAACUUCUAUGACACAAUUCCCCCUCCAGACCUCUAUGAAGUAUCCUUCCCUCCAGAUCUCAAUGAAAGUCCUUCCCCUGCAAACUUCCAAGAGACAACUCCUUUUCCAGACCUCUAUAUACCAUCCCUCCCUCUAGAUCCCAAUGAAAGUCCUUCCCCUCCAAACUUCUAUGAGACAACUCCCCCUUCAGACCAGCUAGAUCUCAAUGAGACUCCUUUCUCUUCAGACCUCUAUGAGAAAGCUACCACCAUGGGAUUCUCUGAGUUACCUUCCCCUUUAGUUAAUGAUCAGAUAUUUUCCCCUUCAGAUCUCUAUGAUGAAUCUUUCCCUUCAGACUUUAGUGAGAUGUCCUCCCCUCCCUAUCUUGAUAAGGAACUUUUCCUUACUGAACUCUAUCAAACAUCUUCUCUUCCAUUUUUUGAUCAGACAUCUACCACUCCAGAUCCUUAUGAGAUAUACUCUUUUCCAGAUCCCAAUUGGAUAGAUUCCCCUCCAGACUUCUAUCAGCCAUCCUUCCCUUCAGAUCUCAAUCAGACUUCCUCUACUUUGGAUCUGAAUCAGACUAAUUUCCUACCAGAGGCUGGUCAGAUAUCCCCUACUCCAGAAUUCAGUGAGAAUUUCCCUUCAAACCUUAGUCAAACACCCUUUUCUCUAGUCCUUGAAUCCCCUGAGUCCCAAUUACUUCCACCCAGAAUCAAUGAUUCACUGAUACCAAGAGAGAUGACUCCAGCAAUUAUAGUGGGCCUUACCAAAGAUAAUGGGGAUUAUAUUGAGUAUGAUCCAGGGCAAGAUGUCAAAAAAAGUGAAGAUGAGGAUGAUGAUGAUUACUAUGUGCACUAUGAUGACCCUUAUCAAACAGAUAGAAGGACAGAUACCAGCUCACUCCGAAACCCUGACAACAUUGCAGCAUGGUAUCUCCGAAGUCAUAAAGGAAAUAGAAAAAAUUACUACAUUGCAGCUGAGGAAGUACUUUGGGAUUAUUCACAAUUCUCAAAAAGCAUGAGGAAAGAUGAUGAUGUUGAUAAUAUCAGAAGAAACACAGUGUAUAAGAAAGUGAUUUUUCGGCGCUACACGGACGGUACCUUUUCGGUACUUGAUCCUCGAGGAGAGAAUGAAGAACAUCUUGGUAUCCUUGGUCCUAUUAUUAUGGCCGAGGUGGAUGAUGUGAUCCAAGUUCGUUUUAAAAAUCUAGCCUCCAGGCCAUAUUCUCUUCAUGCUCAUGGGCUUUCCUAUGACAAAUCAUCAGAGGGAAAGAGCUAUGAAGAUGAUUCUCCAGAAUGGUAUCAGGAUGACAAUGCCAUUCAGCCCAAUGGCAGUUACACCUACGUAUGGCAUGCCACGGAACGAUCUGGCCCAGAAAAUCCUGGUUCUGCCUGCCGAGCUUGGGUCUAUUAUUCAGCUGUGAGUCCGGAAAAAGAUAUCCAUUCUGGACUAAUAGGCCCCCUUCUGAUCUGCCGAAAAGGAACACUCCAUAAAGAAAGCAACAGGCCCGUCGACAUGCGAGAUUUUGCCCUACUUUUUAUGAUCUUUGAUGAAAAGAAGAGCUGGUAUUUUGAUAAAAAGCCCAAAAGGAUCUGGACAGCCUUAUCCUCAGAAGUGAAAAACACUCACAUGUUUCAUGCCAUCAAUGGUCAAAUCUACAAUUUGCCAGGCCUAAGGAUGUAUGAAAAAGAGAAUGUGAGAUGGCACUUGCUGAACAUGGGCGGUUCCAGGGACAUCCAUGUGGUUCAUUUUCAUGGUCAGACCUUGCUGCAAAAUGGAACCCAACUGCAUCGUUUAGGGGUCUUCCCCCUGAUUCCUGGUUCAUUUAAAACCAUUGAAAUGAAGGCAUCAAGACCUGGCUUAUGGCUCUUAGACACUGAAGUGGGGGAAAAUCAGAAAGAAGGAAUGCAAACACCAUUCCUUAUAAUAGAUAAAGAAUGCAAGAUGCCCAUGGGAUUAAGCACUGGCAUUAUAGCUGAUUCACAGAUAAGUGCAUCUGAGCAUCUGGGUUAUUGGCACCCUAAAUUAGCCAGGUUAAAUAAUGUUGGAUCUUACAAUGCUUGGAGUACAGAAAAACGAACAAAUUCUCUUUCAUCUGAACCCUGGAUCCAGGUGGAUUUUCAACGAGAAGUUGUACUUACUGGGAUUCAGACCCAAGGGGCCAAACAGUACCUGACCUCCUACUAUACCACCCAGUUCUGCAUUGCAUAUAGCUCUGACAGAAGAAUGUGGAGAUACUUCAAAGGGAAUAGCACCUCAAAACAUGAGUACUUUAGGGGUAAUUCAGAUGCUUCUUCCAUCAAAGAAAAUCUCUUUGAGCCACCCAUUGUAGCUAAAUAUAUUAGGAUCACCCCAAUUCAUUCCUACAACAGACCUACUCUGCGAAUGGAAUUGCAGGGCUGCGAGGUCCAAGGUUGCUCUACACCUUUGGGUAUGGAAAACCAAAAAAUAGAAAAUAAUCAGAUUACAGCCUCAUCAAUGAAAAAAUCUUGGUUGGGAGAUUCCUGGGAACCCUUCUAUGCCCGUCUCAAUGCUCAAGGCCGUGUGAAUGCCUGGCAAGCCAAGUCAAACAACAAUAAGCAAUGGCUUCAGAUAGACCUGCUGAAACCCAAGAAAAUAACAGCAAUUGCAACUCAAGGUGCCAAGUCUUUGACGAGUGAAAUGUAUGUGAUGACUUAUGCCAUCUUCUACAGUGAUCACGGCACAUCAUGGAAACCUUAUAAGGACAAAUUGUCUAUGACAGAAAAGAUUUUUGUGGGAAACGUUAAUACCAAAGGACAGGUCAAGAAUUUUUUCAACCCGCCCAUCUUUUCCAGGUUCAUCCGUAUCAUUCCCAAGUCAUGGAAUCAAAGCAUUACUCUUCGAUUAGAACUCUUUGGCUGUGAUAUUUACUAGAGCUAGGAUAAAUAUUAUGCAUUCAAAAACAGAAGGACUACCUUUAAGUACCCAAAAGCUUUAGAACAAGACAUAUAUUUUAUAGUUUCUAACAGUCAGAUUUUUAAAACAGUUUUUCCACUGUUACUUUUUUCUCUUAUCUGGCAAAAACUGAGGAUCUGUACAUGAGAUGUUUCUAGUUUAUUUUUUCUCACACCAUGAAAUAAAAAGAUAGUUCUAAUUUGGCAGCAGUCAUUACAUUAACAUGGAAAAAAUAGUGCAGGUUGUUAGUACCCAGAUCACUAGCUGAGAAGUAAAACAUUGUUGAUCACAAAUGGAAUCUCAACUGGGACUCCAGAAAACUUCAAUCUGGGUGAUUUUUAGCCCAGAUGUCCUCAGUGGAAUAGGCUCUUAAUAGAGUUAGUGUUGUACUCAUAUUUCCAGGAAAGUGAUUUGCAGUCAUAAACCUGAAGCAUUUGGAAAGUUGGUCAGAGAUAAGUUGGCUAAUUUCAAGGAUGGAAACUUUUAAAACCCUGUGAAGUCACUAAUAAAAAAAUCUUUGCUAUUUUGCAAUAAUGAA